AUGGAGGACGACGCGGGAUCAGAUCCGCCAGCGCACCCAGCGUUGAAGCUGCAGGCAACCUCCUUCCCUGGCUAUUCGGCGCCGACUCUAUCGCCUGCCUUUCGAUUGGACGAAGGCUACUCGGAUGACACACCAAGUCAAGCAGAGAAGGAGACAAUGGUAGACAAUGCUAUGUCGCUGCCGGAAUGGGUUCUGGCCCAAAGUGAAGCCGAUCGAGCAGCCUUUGCAUAUACCAUCCUUCGAUCACUCUCGACUGCAACUCUUGCCGGCGUUGUUGAGCGUCUGACCCCUCUCCUGCAUAUGGACCCUGUUCUCAAAUUGCCGCCUGAACUGACAUUUCAAAUAUUCUCAUAUCUCGAACCCCGUCAACUUCUGACUGCGUCGUUGGCAUCUCGGGCAUGGCGCAGUCGCAUUCUGGAUUCGGGACUGUGGCGCGUGCUUUAUAUUCAAGAGGGUUGGCGCGUAGACUUACGCGCCAUUCGCAGCUUCGAACAAGAGCAAUCAGAAGCCGUGUCUCCGCAAACUCGCCGUGCACGGCCACAGUGCUCAGAUCCGGAUCUGAGCGAACCCAAGCAGAAGAGGCGCGUCCCGAUGUCGUGGUACGAUGGUCGUACGCUAGACGACUCAAAGUCUGUGAAUGAAACAACUCAGCCCGACAAUGAGGGCGAUCACAUGAUGCUUGAUGCGAGUGUGCGGACUCCUCAGACUGGGACAGAAAAGCAAAUGCGGGAAUCUCAAACGCUCGCUCAUGAUUCUAUUUCGUUCCUCCAACCACCUUUGAAGUCCUCGCUCGUGGUCCGCAUGCCAAACGGAUCCACCCGGAUCAACUGGAUGCAUCUCUACAAACAGCGGCGACGUUUGGAGGCCAACUGGCAUCAUGGUCGAUUCACAAACUUCCAACUUCCUCACCCCUCCCAUCCUGAAGACGCGCACCUGGAGUGUGUCUACGCCAUCCAAUUCCAAGGCAAAUGGCUCGUGAGUGGCAGCAGAGACAGAACGGUCCGGGUGUGGGAUCUCGAGACCAAACGCUUGUGGAAUCGUCCUCUGGUCGGCCAUGCGAAAUCGGUGUUAUGCUUGCAAUUUGACCCGAGUCCCGCCGAAGAUAUCAUCAUAUCCGGCAGCAGCGAUAGAAGCGUGAUUGUAUGGAGAUUCUCAACGGGGAAAAAGAUUCACCAAAUCACGAGUGCUCAUGCAGACUCCGUUCUCAAUCUCAAGUUCGACCACCGAUUCCUGGUGACAUGCUCAAAAGACCGAACGGUCAAAGUGUGGAACCGACAUGAUCUGCUCCCCAACCAUGAAGACUAUCCUCGCAUUUUCAAAGGUGGCGCAGCCAGCUACCCAUCUUACAUCAUUGAUCUUACGGAAACUGCGCCGAAUUUCAUUGAAGCUAAUAUCGCCAAUGGGCAUAUCAAAGCUUUGAAGGCAUACUCCUUGCUGAUGACUGUGGAGGGCCAUGGAGCUGCCGUCAAUGCUAUGCAACUUCACGGCGAUGAAAUUGUGACUGCGUCAGGUGAUCGCCUGAUCAAGGUGUGGAAUAUUCGCAACGGCACCUGCGUAAAGACCCUCAUGGGUCAUACCAAGGGCAUUGCCUGUGUUCAAUCCGACAGCCGUCGCAUCAUUAGCGGUAGCAACGACAACACAGUGCGCAUCUACGAUCACAUCUCGGGGGCUGAAGUGGCCUGUCUGCGCGGACACAACAAUUUGGUCCGCACGGUACAAGCGGGAUUCGGCGACCCGCCAGGUGCAGAUGAAGCAUUGCGACUAGAAGCUCUGGAGGUAGAUACGGCUUUCUGGAGAGCUCAAAAGGAAGGGGUGCCCAUUGAGCCUGGACCAAGUGCGACGCGCCGUGCUGGUCACACCCCAAAUACAGCCGGAUCGCGUAAUCCUCGCGACAUUCGAGCUACUGGGGCGAAAAUUCCCCCAGGCGGUGGAGGAAGUAUCUGGGGCCGCAUUGUUUCCGGUUCCUAUGAUGAAUCGAUAUUGAUUUGGCACAAGGAUCGAGAUGGCGCGUGGUCCAUUGGCCACAGGUUACGACAGUCGGAUGCCGCAGCCAAUGCAGCCCGCGGUACCCUGAGUGAUGCCGCACGGGCUGCUAUCCAGACACAGGUCCGACACUUACAGGCCACGCAAACGCCGGGCAUUGCCAAUAUCGCUGCACCGAGCAUCAUGACUGGCCAGCAGUCGAAUCGCCCUACGAAUACUCCCGGGCAAGGGAGUACGCCGACGCCGCCGGUGGUAAACAACGCCCCAGUAGCCACACCCGGCGCCCAGGACAGCAAUGUCGCUGCUGCUGGCCCGUCACAUAUCCCUGCUGGUCCCGCAAGUCGAACCAACGUCACCAAUACCACUGCAGUCAAUACAGCUCCUCAAACACCACGACCUCCUCCAAUCCCCUCGGCUCUCCCGGGAGCCCCGCCAUUAGUGACACCGCAGGGCGUUCCCCCUGCAGGCUUAGCCCAUCUGCUGCAAAUGCCCGCUCCUCAUCCCAUCCCCAAUAUCCCACGCAACCGUGCACCCGCCCCGACAUCUCGAGUCUUCAAGGUUCAGUUUGAUUCGCGGAAGAUUGUCUGCGCAAGUGUGGACCCUCGCAUCGUCGGCUGGGACUUUGCGUGCGGCGACGACGAUAUUCUGGAGGCUUGUCGUUUCUUCCAAGGGCUUUGA